AUGAGCCUGUUACCUAAGACCUUCUCAGACGAAGAGACACCUGCUGGGUCAACUGGAGUCAAGCAGAGUACUCUAUCUCCGCGACCAACUGCACACAGAGCGACUCACUUGAUUAGUCCAAAGAUGACACGCUCACACAAAGUCAAUGAUCGUGACCACUCUACCCCGAGCGGCGUGACCGCUCCCAGCGAGAAUAUACCUCGUUAUUUUGCGAAGUCUGGCCCUGUCGAUGCUGAUCCUCGAAAGACCAAGAAGAAUGGGGGAGGUAAAGGAAACUGGGGACGAUCCGGCGAGGAAGUCCAAGAUUAUGCAUACACUUUCAUGAACACCCGGCGCCACUCGAAUAGCAGUCUUCAGGGAAUCUCGGGGUUCAAGACCAAAUUUGAGACUGUCGAGCCUGAACCAGUCUUUGAAGAAGAUCUGCAUGGCCCAGUGACCCAGACUAGCAUUGAUGGGGAACCAGUGAUCAAAGUCGAUAGUGCUAGUAGCGGGGUGAGCGGCGAGAUUGACAAAUCUGGUGACAGGAACGUGGCUGCGGAGUAG